GCCACCCGGAACAGGGGAAGAAAAGUUGGAGAACCGCAACGCGACAUCAAAACCAUGUAAAGGAUUCUAAAGCUGGAUUGUGGAAACCAAUCAACUGACUUAUAAGCCGCAGAGAACACAAAAAUCUACGGACGAGAUCCGAGUCUCCAAAGGAAACCAUAGGAUAGCGUUCCGGAUAGGAAAAAAAAAAACAAUUGGGUCAUGUGGACUCAGUAGCCGUAUAGAAGAGGGAUAUACCUGUUAAUCCACAAUUUUCCCGCUGAAUUGGACGAUUUUUAUGGAACUGUUUGCUGUCAUAAACGGCAUGUUGCGAAGCCCCAGCUAACUAGAUUCAAUAGACGUACUGCGGGUAAAUCGGAAAAAGAAGAGCCCGGUAGCAGGGAAAUUCACGUUCGUAAAAUGUCGUCUCGGUCCCUUAAAGACUGGGAUAACAUCGCCAACAGUCUCAACGAAGGCGAUGGCGAAGAGGCCGAAGAGGAGCUGGAUACACUGGAGGCGUUACAGGAGAAGAUGGCCAAAGUGCCGCGCGGUAUGUUUGUGAGUGGCUGGGAUGAUCCCGACGAGCUGAUCGAAGAGGAUAACGAUCCAAAAGCCAGCCUUGAGCGACACGCACUGUGGGCCGCGGGGGAAAACAAGCUGGAUGUGUUUGCUGCGAUCGUGAGCCGUAAGCCGGCCGUCGUACAUGCGAUCGAUCGCGAUGGUUACACCGUUUUGCACAAGGCCUGCUACAACGCCAAUUUGCCGAUGGCGCGAUUGGCGCUACAGUACGGCGCCGAUAUACACGCACGAACGGGUAUGGGCUGGACGGCGUUGCACUCGGCCUGCAAGUGGAACAAUGCUGGCGCAGCGGCACUUUUGCUACAGUUUGGUGCCGAUGUGAAUGCGCGCUCGGAUGGAGAUCAGACGCCGCUGCACAUUGCAGUGACCGUGUCGAGCUGCCGAGAGACGCUGGUGACGCUACUGAUGAACGAGGAGUGCGAUCCCGAGCGUCGUAACAAUUCGAACGAAAAGGCCGAAGAGAUAGCCAAGCGAAGUGGACCCUCGUUUCCGCUUUUUGCCAUGGCACACCCGGCGUAUCGGGUUGAGACGGGUAUGAUUGAUUAGGUUGCCGGGGGGUGGCAGGUUUAACAAUGAAAUAGAUAGUGAAGCAGUAGCUGUGGUCAAGUGUCCAGUGCAGCAGAUAAGAACGCCUCUCAUGCGAAUCCAUGGAAUGGAAAGCGGAUUGCGUUUUUUUUUUCUAGUUUGCUUGAUUUGAUUGUUUAUUAGAAAACGACCCGAACAACGCGUGAUGCUAGUGAUUAAUAUCGAGUUGGGCGCACCCGGGGGCCUGAUGAUGAACGAAAAUAAAGAAUUGCCAUCGCAGAGCGCAUGAUGAACACA